AUGCAGAAUACUGAGACUGUCAUUGAUAUGGUCAACAACCGUGUUAGUAUGUUUGGGAAGGACAUUCCCACUUCUUUCACCUCCACUGGGCUAAUAAUGAUUGAUAUGUUGCCUCACAUUGAGAUUGAUGAUACAUUUGAAGACCACUUAGAAGAAGCAGCUACCGUUAAUGUCUGUCAGUUUGUCGAAAAGAAAUUGGACAAAGCUUCGGUGAAAAAGCUUCAUUGUCAGCUGGGACAUGGUUCAUAUGACAAGCUCAGGCGAUUACUUAGUGAUGCUGGUUUGGGAGAUGUAGAUUUGUUUAGAGUUCUACAAGAGGUCAUUGAAACUUGUGAGAUCUGUCAAGUUUACAAGAAGGCUCCUGCUAAACCAUGCACAUCAUUUCCAAGAGCUCGAGGAAUAAAUGAAUCAGUUGCCAUUGAUCUGCACAAGCUGGAUAAUAAUGUGUACUACCUGCACAUCAUUGAUGAAUUCUCUCGGUUUAGUCAGGCUGGGAUUGUCAGGUCCAAGAAGACUAGUGAAAUUAUUGAUGUUCUCAGUCAGAAAUGGAUAUCCGUCUUUGGGUGCCCUUCAUUGAUAUUCUCUGAUAAUGGCGGAGAGUUUUGUUCCAAAGAGUUUGAAGAUUGGACACAGAAUUUCAACAUUGAGCAUAAGACUUCUGCUGCCUAUAGUCCUUUCUCAAAUGGAAUAGUUGAGCGGCAUAAUGCUGUAAUUUCCUUGAUGAUGCUGAAACUGGCUGAAGAAUUUCCAAAUACUAAGGUUGAUACCAUACUCAGCUGGGCGUGUAGUGCAAAGAACUCACUCAGUACUGUUGCGGGUUUCUCACCCAAUCAGCUCAUGUUUGGGACACAAACAUACCUGCCCAAUGUCCUCAACUCAAGUCCACCUGCUCUUGAGAAUGAAACAUCAAGUAAAGUAGUCGCUAGUCAUAUUAAUGCAAUGAACGCUUCUAGAAGGAUGUUUCUAAGCUGUGAAAGCUCCAAUAGGAUAAUGAAGGCUUUGAAGAAGCCACUGAGAACUUACACAACACCCAUAACCUUUGGAAGUAAAGUUUACUACAAAGCUGUGGGAUCAGACAAGUGGAAGGGCCCUGCAACGGUAAUAGGACAAGAUAGUACAGUGGUAUUUCUUCGUCAAGGAAGCUUUGUAACAAGAGUACAUCAGAGCAGGAUCUCUCUUGUGAAGGACCAGGUUCCCUAUGAAUCUAAAUCUGAUAGUACAAAUGGUCCAAUUCAGGAUGUUGAGUCUAUCAAAGAGGCAAGUGUACUUAGAAUACCAGGUCUUGACUGUUCUAGUGAUGAUGUUCCAGUCCAAGAAGUUGAAGUAGAGCCUUCUACAAACCCUGUAGCUGAAGUUAAUUAUCCAACUGAAAUCGAAGCUGAGUCACCUACAAGUUUGCCUGAAAUUGCUGAGUUAGAUAAAAACACAGUCAGUACUAAGCAGGAUCAAAGAAUUGACAAGCCAACUGCCAUUAAGAGAGGCUCAACAAUAAUCUUUGUUGAUGAUGGGACACAGUAUGAGGCUGUUGUAUUGUCAAGAGGAGGGAGGGCUAAUGGUAAACAUAAGAAUUGGUACAAUGUUCAUGUUAAAGAAACAGACGAAGUCAUAUCUAUAGAUGUAUCUACCAUUGAUGACUUCACUGUACUGAACAAAGAUGAAGGUGAUGAUUUUGAUUUCGACCCAAUUGAAGAUGUCUAUGCUGUUCAAUUGGAUGACUAUGCAACUGAAAAGCAGUUAGAACUGAGUUCGUGGGUAACUAACAAGGUGUAUGAAGAAGUUCAGAUAGAAGAGCUAGAUGCUAGAAAAAUUAUCACAAGUACUUGGGUAUGUAAACAGAAUGGCGAUACCAAAAAGGCUAGACUAGUUGCUCGGGGAUUUCUUGAGGAUACAUCGUCCAUCCUAAGUGAUUCCCCUACUUGUUGCAAAGAGAGUCUUCGUUUGCUUCUUGCCAUCAUUGCCGGAGAGAAUUGGAUUGUACAAGCAUUAGACAUUAAGUCUGCUUUCUUGCAAGGGAACGACAUGAUGAGACCUGUGUACAUGAAACCUCCUAAAGAAGCAAAAGUUGCCUCAGAGGUAAUAUGGAAGUUAAAAAAGUGUGUCUAUGGGCUAGUGGACGCCAGUCUUAAGUGGUAUCAGCGAGUUGCUGAUUGUUUAAUUGAUCUUGAUGGUGUGAAAUCGAAAGACCCUGCUGUGUUUUACUGGAGAAAGGAUGGAGACCUUGAAGGGGUUCUUGCCUUGCAUGUCGACGAUUUCAUGUUUGCUGGAUCAGCGAAGUUUCUUGAAGAAGUAAUGACAAAAGUAAAAUCUGAAUUCCUCAUAAAGAUUGAAGAAAAAUCUGCUUUCACUUACCUUGGGCUAGAAAUUCGUCAAAAGGCUGACUAUAUUGAGAUGGAUCAGAAGAAGUAUAUUGAAAAGCUUUGUCCCAUUGAUAUACCAGGUGGCGCCCUUAAAACCAGGGACCUCUCCAGUGAUGAGAAGAAUACUCUUAAGUCUAAGCUGGGCCAGAUCCUUUGGGUAUCCAACCACUCUAGGCCUGAUGUGUCAUUUCAGAAACCUAUGCACUCCUUGAAGCAAUUGACUCCUGCAUCUUCCUUCGCAGAAUGA